UUAGCAUUUACUUACUUAACCCAAAUCAAAGCAAUGGGAAAAGGCUUCAGACUUGAGAUUUCCAAACUCAUUUCCUCCUUCAAAUCCUGCCGUUCAAAAGAUCCUUCCUCUCUACCAAAUAAUCCCGUCCCUUUAUCACAUGCGCACAAGCCUUCAAUUCGCGCCAUCCCCAACGACCUCCGCAAAGAGCGGCGGGAAUUCCGGUGGAGGAAAGAAGAGGAGUGGCACGUUGUCGCGGCGACCACAUCCCACGACAACAACAAACCCACACCUCGUCGGAAAAUCUCAAACUCCUCGCUGUACGAGGAGACUCUAGCCGCGCCGCCGGCGCCGGAAAAACGGAACCGCCAAACCAGAAAGAGUAAAAAAGUAGUAAAAGCCUCCUCCUCCUCCUCCUCCUCCUCCGGCUACGAAAAUCGAAUUGACGAAGCUUCUAGAACCCGGAGAAACUCCAGAAAGAAAUGCGGGGUGUUCAGGUCAUCGCCGGCGUCGGAAAGCGAGAUGCCGGCGAGGCUAUCAGUGUUCAAGAAGCUGAUACCGUGCAGCCUGGAGGGGAAGGUGAAGGAGAGCUUUGCGAUGGUGAAGAGAUCGAAGGACCCGUACGAGGAUUUCAAAGGAUCAAUGGUGGAGAUGAUUUUGGAGAAACAGAUGUUCGAGAAGCAGGAUUUGGAGCAGCUGCUACAGUGUUUCUUGUCUCUGAAUACGAGGCAGUACCAUGGAAUCAUCGUCGAGGUUUUCUCCGAGAUCUGGGAAGCAUUGUUUUGUACUAACAAUAAUAAUAAUAGCAGCGAUGAAAAUUCUGAAGGCUCAUGGAUGUCGUCCGGUAAUCGCCGCAAACGGGCUGUUUGCUAGGCAUGCUUACCACUUGUAACGAGAAUUAUAGAGAGCAAUUCUAAGUUAAGGAGUAUUAGAUUAGCUCAAAACAAGCUUAUCCUAAAACUCUUUAAACACAUCUUAAUCUUUAAGAAAUUAGUUAGUUAGUAAUUUAAGAAAUUAUGAAUAUUCAGCAUUAGUUAUA